CUUCCCCCCGCUUUCGGCUCUUUCCAGCCCAUAAUAACCGGGCAGAGAGAGGCGCGUGGCUGGUGCUCCGGCAACGUUUCGCUGCCCAAAGUGGGUAGGAAAAGAGACCACCUCCAAAGAAGGGGAGGCUUGACCUGGCGAGAGAGAGAGAAAAAGCGCUCAGGCCUGUCGAAAAAGCAUAUGGAUUAGGGUUGAGAAGAAGAAUUCGAAGAUGCUCCUGUCACGAGCUUGCCCUAGUAGGUGCAAGGGCGAAAGAGAUUAUGGAUGACAUGAUAUUUCGAAGUGACACAGUCUUGUCCGAUGUCCACCUACACACCUCAGGCAAAAGGCAGCUGAUGGUCAGGCUGAAUGCUGUCGGCCAGCCAGUCUUCCUCACACAGUUCAGACUUCUUUUGGACAAGACCAGGUGGACCUCUGAGGAGGAAGAGGGAGACGUGGGUAGAAAUGCCCUCGGAUGUCAAGAGAGGUACAGAGAAGCAAGCAGUAGUCCUUCCCGUCAAGAUCCUUCGAGAAGUCCCGGAAAGGAACCAGACUCCUCGGAAAGAAUCGAAGCUUUGCUGGAUGAAGACGGGGACCUGGAGGUGGUCCGGAGGCCUCGGCUCGCUUGCUCGGAAGUGGAAGCUCUGCCAAGGGACAAGGUGUGUCCCGUCAUUUUGACCACCGGUGGCGAUCCCUCGGAGGAGCAUGAGCAAAAACACAGCUCCUGUGACAUUGUUAAAAUAGAGCACACCAUGGCCACCCCUUUGGAAGAUGUUGGCAAGCAGGUCUGGCGAGGAGCUUUCUUGCUCGCGGACUACCUCCUCUGUCAGCAAGAUCUGGUCAAGGACUGCACGGUGCUGGAGCUGGGGGGAGGUACUGGCCUGGUCAGCAUCGCCGUGGCCCACACUGCCAAGACCGUGUACUGCACAGAUGUUGGUGAAGAUCUUCUGGACAUGUGUGAACGGAACAUUUCAUUAAACAAGCAUCUGACUGAGGCAGCCGGUAAAGGAAGUAAAGUUAAGGUCAGAGAAUUAGACUGGUUGAAGAACGAUUUUUGUACCGAUCCUGAGAGUGUCCAUAGCUGGUCCGAAGACGAGAUUGCUGAGCUGUACGACCUCACCACGGUUAUAUUAGCUGCUGAUGUCUUUUACGACGACGACCUGACAGACGCCUUCUUCAGAACCCUCUCUCGCAUCACGAGCCACUUGAAAAACUCUUGCACUGUCUACUUGUCCAUAGAAAAGAGGCUGAACUUCACCUUACGGCACAUGGACGUUGUCUGCGAGGCAUACGAUCACUUUCGGAGGAGCCUGGAUGACCUGCAGAAUCUCAGAGAAGGCAGAACGAGAUACACCGUGGAGCCUGUCGAGCUGUCCUUUCCUCAGCGCAUCGUUUAUGGGCGAGUGGAGCAGUUGGAGUUAUGGAAGAUUAGGGCUGACAAGACUUCUGAAAGAAGCACAUAUCCCUGUGCAAGAUUGAAUUAGGACAGGAAGACCUCCGUGCAGAAUGAAUGGAGCAAAGAAGCCAGUUGGUUUUGGAUACACGCAGAAUGCUGAUUAAAAUGUAUACAUAGCA